AAGUUUAAGAUGAUAGUAAAUCCCUAAAAGUGCCUUUAGGACAGUUUUCUCAAUACGUGAUUCGCCGCGUUUUAUUGGUAUGACCACUACAUUGAUUGAUUAUCGACGUAGGACUGGUCCAAUAUGAAGUAAACAUUCCAGAAGAUGAUUGGUUUGACAGGUCCGACUUCUGUGCAGUGUUUGUAACACAAGUGGAUUUUUGAACCUAUAUGUGUUUGUUAAAACUACAAAACAAGAUAGGUUGACAUGAAUAUGGUGCUAUGGGACAUCAAGCAUGAGUUAAUAUUUCACAAGCAUGUCUUUUCAGCGGCCCCGACCAAAGCUACGUAUAAAUGCAGCGAGCAGAUGUCCAGGUCCAGACCCCAACAGCUUGUUGAAGGAGAACCAGAAACUCCACUCUGAGAUCAAGGAUCUGGAAAAUGCAUUGCAGCUCCACCAUGACCUUAAGGUCAAAGAGGACAAUACCAUACAAGGAAUGCUGAGAAAGGAAAUUGGUGGCACAAGAUGGCAGCAUGGUGGCAGUGGAAAGCUUAAGGGUUACAAGUCAACAAGUGACUUGAAGGAGCCUCUUGGCCUCACUCCUAUGGCAGCAGCUCAGAGAAGGAGGAAAGCCAGAGAACAGAACAUGGCUCACAGACCUGGAGUUGGUGCUGGUGGACCUUCACUGGGCCAUCAAGACGACUCAUCUUCUGCUGAUGAGUUACCUCCAGACAUUCCAAAAUACAAUGACAAACGUAACAGAAGAUACACUCCAGGAUCCAAGCGACCAAGAAAAACCAGAAGUGCCACAAAUUCUAAAGAUUCCUCAGUGAUGUUGACAUCAACAAGUGAAGCGAACAUUCAGGGAGAUCUCUUUCCUACAGAUCCAUUGAAAAUUGACAAUUUGAAGUACAAGGUUCUAGAAAAGAUUGGAGCUGGUGUGAUCAAGAGGCCUUCGCGCCAUUCUGCUAAAUCUGAUAAUGAUGUAAACCCAGAAUCUCAUUUGAAAAGUGAGCCUAGUUCAUUUAAACCAUCUACUCAUAGAUCAACAUUGUCUUCUAAACAGCAACGUCAAGGUUAUAUAAAUAUCUCAUCAGAAGCAGCUGAUAAAAAUAGUGUUAGUCUGCAGAGAAAGCAUGUCUCAACAAAAACGUCCACAACUAAAACCAGAAAGGAGCCUGUACAAGAGAACCUUCUUGUGAGUGAAAACUGUGAUAAAGAAAAUAAUACAAUCUGUCCCACUGAGGAGAUUGCAAGAGUUCAGACGUCAAGAGAAAUUCCAACAAGUGACUACAGCUCAGAUGUUGAGCAUUGCCCUGACAAAGUGGAGGAGUUUGGCCCUUUUAGUGGCCUUAGUUCAGAUACAUUUUCUCAUAUAAACAACGAAUCCAAUUGUACUACAGGUAAAAACGCAUCAAAAAACUGUUCCGAGUAUGUUUCUAUGAAGAGUCACAAGUGUUUAUCAGAUGAUGCUGAUGACACACCAGUUUUAGGCAUCAUAUCUUUAUUACCUCCCAACUCUACUAGUCAUUUUUCUGAAAAAAAUCUCCCACAUGUUUACAAUUUGAAAACCAAAGAACAGAUAAAAUCUGACCAUGCAGUGGAAGCUUGGUUAAGAAAUAUUGGUCUCAGAAACUGUGAUAAAUAUGUUGAGAUUUUUGCCAGACAUGAAAUUGAUAUGAGUGGUUUAAAAUAUUUAACUAUGGAGUUGCUGAACCAAAUGGGGAUAACAGCUGUGGGUCCAGUUAACAAAAUAUUGAUGGCUAUUCUUAAUCUAGAGGAGACUUCACAGACCCGGGGGUCACACAGAGAAAUUCUUGGUUCACAGACACAAACUCCUGUUUCUCAUACGCAAACCCAUGGUUCACACACAGAAACGUCUGGUUCGCUGUUACAAACUCCUUGUCUGAUGUCAGGAGAUACCAGCAAUGUAAUACCUCACGGUUCAGCUGCACACAGACAUUUUUCACACUCUCCAAUGCUGUCUCCAAAAGUGGAAGAAUGUAUUCCAGAAUUCACAAGUCAUCUCAUGAAAAAAUAUGAAAGUAUGGACGUGCUGAAUCGCAAAGUGAAUGUUGCAUCUGAAUUACAUGAAUCUGAUAACGUUGAGGAGAAGAAUCUAAAAGAUACAUACACCAUCCAGUCAGAAAUGAGAAGACCAAAGUCAACUGCUCUUAUGACAAAACGAAGGUCAUCAGAAUCUGAUAAUGUCGAGGAGAAGAAUCUCAAUCUAAAAAAUACGUACAUCGUCCAGUCAGAAACGAGAAGACCAAAGUCAAAGACUCUGAUGACAAAAAGAAGUGCAUCAGCAUCGAGGAUUGUGGCUGAUGAUAAAGCAGUCAGUAAACCAAGGAUGCAGUCGCGGAGUGCUAACGUCUCCACUGCAAGGCAGAGAGAGAUUCUCAGAGCCAAUAAGGAAGGAAAGAAGGAGAAGGUACAAACAUCAGGAGAGACGUCUGUGACAUCCAGGUCCAAUAUUCCCAACAGACUGAUAGCAGACGUUGUUCAAAAGAAGGCUGAAAUAGGUAUUUGUCUGGCAGCACAUAAGAUAGAGAACCGGCAGAAGCAAGAACAGGAUGAGCGGAACCUGCAGCUGAAACUGAUAAAAAAGAGAAAGCAAAAGCGAGAUGAAUUGGCAGCAAAACACCAAGACAGAAAAAUAGAAGUGAAACAAGAAACAGAAAGUGCAACUUCAUCAACCCGGCCACUGAGUAUAGCUGCUUUGGCAACCCACGACUUGAUGUCAAGCACUGAGUCCGAAGAAGCUCCUCUCAAAAUAGUCCUUACCAACAAACAAAGUCAAGACAUUUCACCAGAGCCUUCCCGAGAUCUGAUGACAGAAGGCCGACCCCGGCCUUCCACAGCCAUGCCCCGCAGUGAGAGAAAACUAGAUGGGUUACUAACAACAGAGGAGAAAUCUUUGUCUGCGCGAGAGAGGCUGAAGCACGUGGAUCUCACAUUGCAGGUGUUUAAGAGUCAAACCAACAUUCAUCAAAGGCUUACUCUGGGUAUGGUGAAGGAUCUUCAAAAACAGCUCGAGGAAAUAGAAAAAGAAAUAACUAACACGGAUGGAAGUUCAGAGUAUUCCUCUAAUGUAGAACCUCAAAAGCCAGACCCUGUGAAGUCAACCCACAUAGAUCUGUUGAAGUUAAGCUCUGAGAGAACACUUGCUUUAGGUGACGGAGCUCAACAGAAGGACCAGACUACCAGAGGAAGCAAGAACGCGGGGGAUGGGAAGAAAGUGGAUCACUCAUCUGGAAGUGUGAUGAUCAUAUCGAGAAGCAAGAGAGCUCUGCUUGAUGAAAUACGCAAGGAGAAAGAUGAACAUCGAAAGCAAAUCAGACAUCUCCAAUCUGAACUGAGUAGACUUCAGCACAAAGACCCUGUAAGGAAAUCUGAGCUUGAUGCCAAAGAUAUUAUAUUUAAUGACAAAGAUCUUAUUGGUGAAGGAGCCUUUUCACAGGUGUUUAGGGGAAGUUUUCAAGCAGCUGAGGUUGCAAUCAAAAGACUUAAAGUUCCUUUGUCAUCCCAAGACAGAAAUUAUUUUGCUGCUGAAGUGAGUCUCCUGCGAGAACUUCACCACCCACGCAUUGUCAUGUUGAUUGGGGUGUGCACGUCACGGAAACUACCAAUCAUGGUGCUCGAGUAUUUGUCAAAGGGAAACCUCUUUGCCAUUCUGCAUGAUUCGACCAGGGAGAUGUUUGACCAUGCUGAGUACUACCAGAUAGCGCGAGACAUUGCGUCUGGGAUGAUGUAUCUACACAACCAGCGCCCUGCUGUGCUGCACCUCGACCUCAAGUCCAUGAAUGUACUCAUCGGUAUCGGCAACAGAGCAAAAAUUGCUGACUUUGGAUUCUCAAAGCUUAAACAUGAAGCUAGCGUAAAGGCGGCAAAGGCUGACAAAGGCCGACAGAUCCAAGGGUCUCCAGCAUGGAUGGCUCCGGAGAUGGUCCAGGGGGGCGAGGUCACGGUGAAAACCGACGUCUACAGCUUCGCGGUCAUCCUAUGGGAGAUGCUGACUAGACAGGUUCCAUACGAACACUGUUCAACGUUUCAGAUUCUUGAGAAGGUGCGGCAUGGAAACCGGCCUCCAAUACCGACAGACUGUCCUCAGGAGUUGUCGGAGUUCAUUCAGAAGUGCUGGGAUAGUCAACCAAGCAGACGACCAACUUUCAAGGAUGUACUGGUAUCGUUGGAGAAUCUUUCCUUCCCUCCUGACUGGAGAGCUCUGUUCCAGCAAGCCGGUGUUCCAAGUGAGGCUCUAGAAAACCUGCAGUCGACUCGCAACAUCAUCUCCCUUGUAACAUCCACACUGGAGUCCUCCAAGCUGCAGAAGAUCAUUGAUGACUCGCAAUCAACCGAUCACCUGGAAUCAUCGGCUAGCAUCACCGAUGAAACGGAGGAAUCUACUGAACACAGUAAUGGUGAUGAACCUGAAGGGAAACUAAAACUUUCACUUGAUGAGAUGAGUGACGACAGCCUAGAGAAUAUUAAUACAAACAAGCCAUUAAAUGUAGAAAUGCCUGUAGUGUCACGACCAACACCAGUACCAGUUACAUUAAAAUCUGAGGAUCAGGAAAGAUCCAAGCAGAUUAAGCCAUCUCAGAUGAAGUAUCUUGAACCUCCAUCAGUUUCAGCUCCUUGUGGUAAAACCAGCAUGUUAUCUCCCAAACUGAAUGAAGGCAAAAAAGAUGCAACCACAUCAUCCAGAAAGAGUUUCGAGGCGUGGACAGAGGAAAAUAGUGACAGAUUAUCAGAUGAAAAAACUGACCUACAUACCAUUCAAGCUGCACCUCCCCCUCCCCCUCCCCCACCACCACCACCACCGCUUCCUCCAACUUCAGCAGGGAUAGAAAGGAAACAGUUGAAAUCACCAGAGAAAGUAAAAUCGGCAGAGAAAGUGAAAUCACAAACAAAGAGUAAGGUAACAGGUCAGAUGCUGAAAGAAAAGUCAUUGGGUUUAAAGAAACUUGCAGCAAAGACUAAAGAUGUUAAACGGAAUGGUGUGAAAGUGAAACAGUCUGGCAAGCCAGUUCACAACGGUUCAUUUGUACUGGCAGCGUCCGAGCUGCAGAAACAGAGAAGUCAACUCAAGUCGACCACCUGUCCUCAUCCAAACCAACUCCAAGAUCUCAACAUGGUCAGCAAGAAAGAUCUCUACAGCAUCGCAGAAAUUCUCAAACAUGCGAUGUCAGAAAGAAGAUUUGCGUUGGGAGAAGUACGAACCAGCAUGGAUACGGACGUCAGCCAGUCACAGGCAGAGCUCAGCUGGUCCACUCAGGAUGACUGAUCGUCAUGUUUCUUGUAGUUAAUAUUUCUAAAAGCUGGUUAUGAGGAAAGUACAGAAGCCUCUUGUCCAAACCAACAUCUGUGGCUUUCGGGACGUUUAGGGCCAGGUGCAUGUUCGGCCGUAGACGUUUCAGCCUCUGUUAAUUUUGGCCCCAUAAUGCUAUUCGUUUUGUUCCCAGUCAAACACAUCUAAGUGUGUUUAAGUGUAAAAAGACCAUACAGAUGUAAGCAAACAAUUUAUAUUAGCGGCCAUUUUACUAUAUUAGAAAUUAAAAAGAAACGUUUCUUUGUUAGGUAUUACCGGUAACAUGCUUAUAUCCCAAUUAUUAUCUUAUUUUCCAGAGCAUUAUAUUUAUCUUAACAUUACUGACAUUAAACAUAACUUAACCCACAAUUAAUUUGCCAAUUGUUUGAUAAUGAAUUAAGAAGCCAUUUAGCAUGUUAAGAGUAAUCAUGUGUUUUUAAAACAAUGGGUUACCAGCAUCAAGGUAAUGACGAUUAAAAAAAGUUGUAUAAUAAAUGUAUUGAACUCUUUUUUUCUUUUUUAAAGUUGUUCUGGAUAUGCCAACUACAUAAUUAUAUACAUUAUUUACCAAUUACAAACAAUAAAACUUUAAAUAUUGCAUAUGGGGCCAAAACGACCCGAUACCCAUCUGUGUCAUCCAGAUUUCUAUGUAAACUGGCAUGAUCACAGAGUUCCAUUCAGUGGCAAUAGCUUGGGUGUCGUCUGUCUAAUCCAGACUGCAAAUGUUCGAAGGUAACUUAGUGCUACAAUAUUGUAAAACCAUUGUAGGUUGUGACAUCACUACAACAAGUGCCAUAUAAUGACAUUAUAGCCUAUGAUGGUUUUACGAUAUCGUAGGGCCAAGAUAGCUUCAAGAAUCUGGGCACAGCACAUUUUGUCAGUUCCUUUUGAAUCUGAUUAAGACAGAGUCCACUGUAUACUAGUUAUAGUCCAGAAUGUUUUUUUAAAUUUUCAAGCACUGCUGAACACUGAUAUUUAAUCAAGUUAUUUCAAAGAUCAAAAGUAUUUUAAUAGAAUUCUUUAAUUAAAUUAUAGGUAGGUCAAGGGUAAUCAUGUGUGAUAGCUGAUGAAAGAUGUUAAAAAAAUAUUGAAAUUUCUCAAUAAUUACUUUUAGUCAAUUACACAAACUAAAGUUUGUUUGGCCAGUUUCCUCUCCUAUAUCCGGUAUUGUGUUUAUCUAUGUAGUUAUCACCUGAAGAUUGGUAUAUUUUGUGAUUAGUGGUGCACUCAUAAUGACAGGGUUUUAAAAUGAGAACAAUUAUUGUUUGACAUCCAAGUACAUGUACUUUGUUAAGUAGCUACCUGUACAGUUAACUUAGUGCUUAAAAACUUGCCUGUUGUAGGCCUAUCGUCUUCUAGAUAUUUUGCCUUGUUCAGCAGUCAUGUUUGACAAUCACAAGCAAAGUAUUGCUGCAUUUAUAUUUAUUAAGAAGCUCUUAAAUAUUAGAGUAUCUAGAGGAGACCUGGCCUUGUGCUUAUAAAACGUUUAGAGUCUAGACUCGAGACUCUAAUAGAGUCUGAGACACUUAAUGUCAUGACAACGCCAUACAAAUUGUAUGUGUGUGACGUCAUUUGAGAUUGAGUCUAGACUCUAAAAGUUUUAUAAGCACGGGCCCUGAUUGUUUUGUGUGUGACAGAUAUAUUUACUAAACGAAAUAUUGGAUUAUAUAUUACAGAAUUGUUUAGUCCUAAUACAUUCCAGUGCAUUCAUUAGUAUUAAAAAAAAAAUCCAUGCGUUUUUCUGUGGAUAGUUUUCAUUUCAUAGGAAACUUUUGUUUCUUUUUAUUGUUCCGUCCAGUUGUUUGUUACUAGCUGUUAUAUUUUACCAGUCUCACCAUAUAUGCAUAUACACAUGUAGUGCCAUAUAUAUUUAUCACUUUUAUUAUGCUAUAGUGAUUUGUUUUACAUAUCACACCAAUGACAUGUUUAGGAAAGUGAGUGCCUGCAAACAACUUGAAUGGUGUCUAUCCUGUCCUAUCCAACAAGUAUGCAAAAACUAGUCGAGUGAGUGACAGCGAGCACUUACCUUUAUGAACAUGCCUCAGGGUUUACUUUAGUCAAUAUCAGAAAUAUGUAUGGAAGUAUAUAUAUCUUCUCGAUAUAAAGUUUUGAAAAUGGGGCAUCCUAUAAAAAAAAUUAUGAGUCAGAUAAUUUAUUUUAGGCAUAUGUAUAUACUUAUUGGCUAAUGAGUAGGUAAUAUUUUAUGUACCUGCAUGUAAAUUCAGUUAUUCUCAUCACCUAUAUGUUAUAUGGAUUAAAACCUAUUGUGAAAUCACUUCUUUUUUUAUGAUGGUCUAAUUUUUGUGGACUAGUGUAGUGAACAAAUUUAAAAAUACAACGAAAAUAUAAUAUAUGUACACAUAUAAUACAAAUUAUGAUACUACCUUUUUGAGCCAUGAAUUUAAGUACCCAAUGGAAUGUGAAUUUGAGCUAAACCAUGAAAUGUAAUCCCCGAAAAUGAUUUCACAGUAAUUAAAUUUUUAGGCACAUGGACUUAAGCAAUUUUAUUAUUGUUUUUAUUGUGAGUGGAGAACAAUGCAGAGAUUUAGAAGAGGGGCAUGUCUACAUAUCUGACCAUGCAUUGUCACUUUCAGAAGUAAAGUUUGUUUUAUUUAACAACGUCACUAGAGCACAUUGAUUUUUUAUCUUAUCAUCGGCUAUUGGACGUCAAACAUAUGGUAAUUUUGACACUAUUUUCAGAGGAAACCCGCUGUC